AAAAACCACCAAUCAUCUAUGAAAAGUGUGUGAACAAUAUCAUGAAGCUAACCGGAUUCUAUCGGUGGACUGGACGUUAAACAAUUUGUCGUCACCAUUUUUUUUUUGUUGAAUUUUUCCCUUUUUUUGGGGGGGAUUUCUUUUUUUUUUUUUAGUUGUUGUUGUUUCCUGGGUGGGGAUUUUUUUUGUGGGGUGGGAGAGGCCGUUUCUUCCUUUGUUGACUUGCAAGAGUUUUCGAUCGCCAAAGUGGCCACCGAAGAUGGUUCGGGCUUUGGUGGCGAUUGCAGGGGGUCUAGGUAGUGUCAGCCCUGCUACUUCCGCGCGAUCCGCCAUCAACCAACAUGACCGAAGGAUGUGAAGAGAAAGAUUCGUUGGUGCGAGUAAGGGCGCAGGUGAUGACGCGGGAUGAUUCGUCGGGCGGCUGGGUCCCGAUGGAUGGCGGCGGACUUUCCAAUGUAUCGGUCCGCAAGCGCAUCCUGCCAAUCCAUGCGGCCAUUGUGGCUGCUGUUACAUCAGGCAGCAACAGUAAUAACAGCAAUAGAAACUACAACCCAGCCAGCAACAACAACAGCGCCAGCAGCCGGAGUAGUAGCACUAGCGGUGGUGGACCUGGUCCUCCUCUUCCACCUCACUCACCAGCUCCUCUACAUUCAUCGGCAGCCGUUAUACCCGUUUACCAUUGCAACAGUCUCAUUCAACAGCACGAAUACCUCAUUCUGGGCAAACGCAUAUCGGAUCAAACAGUCGUUCUCAGCUGUACGAUCCGCAAAGACUUUCAGUACAACAAAGUCAUGCCGACAUUUCAUCACUGGCGAACAGGCGACCAAAAGUUUGGAUUGACAUUUCAAACAGCUGCCGACGCCAGGGCAUUUGACAAGGGCGUUCGGAUGGCUGUUGAAGAUUUGCUGAAUGGGCUCGCCGACGCGCCGCCAGCGUUGCGUCACAUGAACUCUGACGCCAGUGAGGAUGACGUUUUUAUGACUUUGGACUUGCCGAUGGAGCGGACUGAUCUGCAACGUUCGCCAACGUUAAAUCAUCAGCAACAACAAAAUCAACCACCACCAUCUCCUGCUCCUCCCCCUGUUCCGGCAUCCAACAACGCUCCUCUACCUCCGUUGCCUAAAGAGCCGCAUUUGCACAGGAUACAUUUCGUGCAGCGGCGUCCACUACCUCCCAGCAGCAGCACUAGUAGUUUGCCCUUGUUGAAUAAUAGCCUGACGGAAGGGUCGAAUAAGGAGCAUUCCAUAAGUCCGGAGCAGCUUAUGUGGCAGCAACGCGACCAGGAAUUGGCUUUGACUCGUGAACGAGAACGGGCCACCAAAGAGAAAGAGAGACAGCGUCGAGAACGUGAAGGUGGUAUCAGUGGAGGGAUCUGGCCACCUGGAAUCGGUGGUAGCGUUGGGCUCAAUGAUCACAUCGAGGUGGACAAGGAAAGUUACUCAUAUGUCCAAUUUGCCCGAGAAGUCAAUACUGGAGUAGCAAAUCACUCUUUCCACUCACUGCACGAGUACAGCUACCCGGUGAUGCCUGAUCCAGCGUCGUCAAAGCAGCCGGUGACAGUGGCGCCAGCUCGCCGUGACUCUUUGAGCAGCUUGAAGAAGAAUCCCAUGACAUCAGUCAAUAGCUGUUCAAGCACGGCCACAACGGCGCCCAUGUUGCCCAGUAAAUCUGGCCGAGCCAACGGGGGCAAAAAGAAACGACGGGGCAGUGCCAGCAGUUCUAGCAGUACCAAAGCCAUGAGCAUUAGUCACCUCCACCCUCCCGGCAGUGGUAAAGGCUCAACGGGCCGAAUACGCUGCAAACACUGUCAGGACAUGUAUCGACCGGAAGAAAACGUUCGAGGUGCUUGUGACUAUGCUCCAGAUUGCGUGAGGUCAACCAUAGAUGCCGUCUCUUGUGUCGGAUGCGCCGAGUGCCUCAUGUACCAUUGUUACGCCGAUGCCGAGGGCGAUUUUGCCCCGCAACCGUGCGAUUGUGGUUCCGGCGGUGUCCGGCGACAGCACAGCCAUGGAGAUUGCUGCAGCAUAGACUCCUCUCCCAAACGGUGGUUUGGAUUGGCGCUUCUCUCAUUGGUCGUACCGUGUCUGUGGUGCUACUUGCCUCUGCGCGCCUGCUACCGAUGCGGAAUUCAUUGCGGAUGCUGUGGCAAACCUCACGAACCAGCAGCCUAAUGGCCCACCUCUAACACGUUAUCCAUUUGGUUUUUCUUCGUCUUUCUGUUCAACAUAUUUUUGAGGCAAAACAAAACUGCGUGCUGCCUACUCCCAAUCCUAUAUCCAUCACCAAUCCCUCAACUUCCCUUCUUCUCACACCCACCGUGUCGACUGGAAGGGAAUGAGGGAGGCUUCUUUUUGUUUUUUCAGUGCCAGUACGGAACGGAAGAACAGCCGAUCUUUAUAUAUACAUAUAUAUAUAUAUAUAUAUAACAACCCAAAAAGGUGGGCUUAAAAAAAUCGUCUGAUUUUAUUUCUUGUACCCUCUCUAUUUUGUUGCAUUUCCUAAGCGAAAUUCAGUUCGAACAAAAAAAAUACCAUUCUUUGUUCACUUUCUCUUAUGUACAUUUUUGCAUGGAUUGUGUUCCCAUAUGUUUCAUUGUAUCCUCUUUAACUCCUUUCUCUUUUUCAUAAUUGUUCUUCAUAUGUAAUGAAUUCUUUUCCCUUUUUUUUUUUUUUAUUUCUUAAUUUUUUAUGUAUUUUUUUUUUUUUCGAUCAAAAACCUCCCGACACUUGUGUGUCCGCGCGGAUCGAGCGGAUUAAAAGUGAUAAAGUUGUUUGUUUUGGGGAGGUUUAUCAAAGUGAGAUUUAAGAAUUUUUUUUCUUUAAAUUAAACAUCUGGGAAAGAAUUCGCCGACUUUCCAAGGGCUCAGGGGAGUCGCCGCGUUCUUUUUUAUCCAAAGACAGUGGCAGCAGUGCAUCCGCGAACAAAGCAAAGGAAUUCGCUCUUCUCCCACGCAACACCCCGAACGUUUGUUUGUUUGAAGGGGAAAUUAUUGUUUUAUUUAAUUUUUUUUUUUUUUUUCAUUUCAGGCGGUUUACUCGCGUGUUUUCCUCAAUCCCAGUUCGUUUAAACAGUUUCCGUUUUAGUGAAAUUAACUCCAUUACCUCUAUCCUGUCUAUUUCUGAUAUUUGGAUAUAAUAUCACCCAAACUUUGUUUUCCCCUCCCUCUCGUUGUAAUAAAAUAAAGACAGACAAAUUGAAAAAAAAAAAAUAAAUAAAACAGUCAUGG